UCUGUCUCACUGAAAUAUGCAUUCAUAUACUACUACUCUCUCCUAGCAAGCUAAGCUAAGCUAAGCUAGCCUCGAUCACCAUAUCAACUCACAGCUAGCUAGCUUGGAACUAACUUAAUUGGAUCGGAGAUCGAUGGACAUCAACGUCCCCCCUGAGACGACGACGUCAUCGCCGGCGUCGGCGUCGGCGCGGUGGACGACGCCCAUGGCCAUGGUGCUGGUGCAGCUGUUCAUCACGGGGAUGAUCUUGCUAUCCAAGGUGUCCAUCGGAGGCGGCAUGUUCAUCUUCACCCUUCUCGCCUACCGCAGCUUCUUCGGCUCUCUCUUCAUCCUCCCCUUCGCGCUCAUCUAUGAGAGAGGAAAAUGGAGGAACAUGACUUGGCUUGCCCUUAGAUGGAUCUUCUUGAAUGCAUUUAUCGGGUACUCCGUUCCUUUGAGUCUAUACUACUACGGCCUCCGGGAUACCACGUCAUCUUAUGCCGUCAUAUUUAUCAAUAUAAUCCCACUGGUCACCUUCAUCAUCUCCCUAAUUUUCAGAAUGGAGACCUUGCAAAUUACAAGUAAACCAGGGUCACUGAAGAUAUCAAGUGUUGUUCUCUCUGUUGGAGGCACAAUGCUCAUCAGCCUUUACAAGGGCAAGACGCUCCAUCUCUGGAACCCAAUCUUUGAGGAACAUAACAAGGAGAAACAAUUGGAGGUGGCAAGCAAUCAGCUGAGAGGGACAAUCUUCCUGGUAGCCAGCAGCUUUGCCUUUGCUUGCUGGUAUAUAAUCCAGGUGACCAUAAUUAUAUGUCCAUGCCCUUCAUAUCAUGUAUGUACCGACAGACGAUACAUAGUAAAACUUCUAUUGCAGUCAAAGGUUAACAAGGUGUAUCCAUACAAAUACUGGUCGUCCAUGGUGACAUGCCUAAUUGGAGGAUUGCAGACAGCUCUUGUUGGUAUUAUAUUGAGAAGAGACAAGAGUGCAUGGAAGCUAGGAUGGGAUCUGAACCUGCUGACCAUUGUGUACUCCGGAGCACUUGCAACGGCAGCAAGAUAUAGCCUCAACUCAUGGGCCGUGGCUAAGCGAGGCCCAGCAUAUCCUCCAAUGUUCAGCCCAUUGUCAGUGGUGUUCACUGUGGUGCUGGCCUCUGUCUUCAUAGGCGAUGAUAUAACAGUAGGAAGCAUCUUAGGUACAGUAACGGUGAUUGCUGGACUCUACGUUUUCCUAUGGGCGAAAUCGAAAGAAGUCUGAGGAGGAAUAUAUAGAUGAAUAAGAUGGUAGCAGCAGAGUCUUAGCAACUGUAAAAACAAGCAGAUUUUUGUAUAUGUAGAUGUCCAAAUUAGGCGUUGAAACUAUGUAUCAAUGUGAAAUAUUAUAAGCAAGUACUCGCUCCGUUCCAUAAAAAUUGACGCGGCUUUGACUA